GAAAGGCGCUGAUGCACACAGCAGCAAAUUCAGGACUAGUGUAUUAGUGUGUACUUUCAAUUAUAUUGCUUUUGGAUUUUUUUUUUUUUAAUUGUACUUUUUUAGGCGAAAGUUUACCCCUCAAGUUAGUUUCUCAUACAAAAAUUUAUACACACAUUGUUAUGUGACCCUAGUUGCUAUUCCUAUAAUGUGACAGCACACUUCCCCCUUCAACCCCGAAUUUUCUGUGUCCAUUCAACCAGCUCCUAGCCCUUUCUGCCUUCUCAUCUUACCUCUGGACAGCAACUGCCCAUUUAGUCUUGUAUAUCUAUGAUUUUGGAUUUUUAAGUGGUCUUUGGGAAUCACAAAAUAUUGUAUUUUUAAGAACCACUUAAAUUGGCAAGUUCUUUUUUCUCUUUUUUUUUUGUUUGGUUCUUUUAACAUGACAAGUUUAGUUAACAAAGGAAUGAUCAUUUCUUUCUCUUUUUUUAUACAGGAAAUUGCAUCAACAUGAUUCCACCUAUUUUGUCACUGCCUAUCAACUUUCUAGAGGGCAGUCAUGGUUCAGUGGUAGAAUUUUCACCUUCCGUGGGGGAAUGCCAGGUUUGAUUCCUAUUUGUCAAUGCAAGCUUGCGUUCUGCUAUGAUACCAAAUAGGUUUCAGGGAAGCUUCCAAAUUAAGAUAGACUAAGAAGUAAGGCCGGAUGAUCUACUUCUGAGAAUCAGUCAGUGGAAACCUUAUAGAUCACAGUGCUCUGAUCCCCUUGUGAGUGGGCUUGCCAAGAGUUGUAGGUCAACUCAAAGCAGUUAACAACACAUCCCUUCGCUGCUUAGGAUGUUAUUACCACCUUUUGAAAAACAAAGAUGAAGAUGUAAUUGGGUGCAAUCUAUUUUUCACAUAAUAUCAGGAUAUUGCAUUUAGGAAAUGUCAAUAUUGUUAUCAACACUGGAUCCAUACAAAAUUCAAUUGAGGAAUAUCACUGAAGUCACUGUAUUUACUUUGCUGGGGUUUACAGGUGAUUUUGAGCUACAAGUAUAUCUCUUUUUACUAUUUUUUGCAAUCUAUAUUUUUACUCUGGUGGGAAAUAUGGGACUGGUUCUAUUAGUCAUGGCAGAUGCCCGGCUCCACAACCCCAUGUACUAUUUUCUGAGUGUGUUAUCUUUCUUAGAUGUCUGCUCUUCUUCAGUUGUCACCCCAAAAAUGUUAGUCAAUUUCCUGGCAGAGAAUAAAGUCAUUUCAUUUCCUGGAUGUGCAACACAGCUGCUGCUCUUUGUCACUUUUGGGACCACAGAAUCCUUUCUUUUGGCGGCAAUGGCAUAUGAUCGCUAUGUAGCAAUCUACAACCCACUUCUAUAUUCAGUUAACAUGUCACCCAGGGUCUAUGUGUCACUCAUCAUUGCUUCUUAUGUUUGUGGUAUUUCACAUGCUACUUUAGACACAGUGGCAACUUUUAGCCUCUCUUUUUUUUUCUGUGCAUCCAAUGAAAUUAGACACAUCUUUUGUGAUAUCCCCCCACUCCUUGCUAUCUCCUACUCUGACACUCUUAUCAACCAACUUCUACUCUUCUACUUUGUGGGAUCUAUUGAGAUGGUCAAUAUUCUGAUUGUCUGUAUAUCUUAUGGAUUCAUUUUUAUGGCCAUUCUGAAGGUGCAUUCUGCUGAAGAAAGGCGAAAAGUGUUUUCCACUUGUGGCUCUCACCUAACUGGAGUAUCAAUUUACCAUGGAACAAUCCUCUUCAUGUACUUGAGACCAAGUUCCAGCUAUGCUUUGGACCAUGAUAUGAUAGUGUCUGUAUUCUACACCAUUGUGAUUCCCAUGCUGAAUCCCAUCAUCUACAGUUUGAGGAACAAAGAUGUAAAAGAGGCAAUGAAGAAAUGUUUCAGAGAAAUUGGUUCCUAAAUAAAGUACAUUUUUAGCAUUGUAAAACUAAAAAGAAUGUUGGCUGUCAGUCCAUAUUUCUAAAGUUGAAUCUAGAAAAGAAACUGUCUUGUUUUUCUGUUAAAGUGUCUAUAUGUUCUAGAAUAUUUCCUAAUAAAGCAUUAAUCAACCUUCGAAGGCAGAAUUUUAUAAGUUGAGAUAAAUUGCAUCAUUUAUAUGCCUAUAGGAUUAUUUUCAAAUUUAGGCAUAUUAAACAUUCAGUGAUGAAUCUAUAUUGGUAUGAUUAGGAUUUGUUUAAGUUGAUCUUCACUUACUUAUAAUGAUGAUGUCCUGAGAACUCUAUGACUUCACAUAUUCUCACAUUGUUUAUAGUAACUCUUCAGCAAACAUUUAGAAGUUGAUUUCCCAUUCUGGAACCCCUGGGUAGGACCUGCCAAAGAUUACUAUCCCCUUAUGUCCCGACACACUCAGGUCUAUCUAGGCCUUUGAAUAUGUCUUCUAUACCAUUUGGCUCAACACCAUAAAUGUUGAUCCCAUUAUUACAGUUUUUCUUUGCUAUCGUCCAAUCACAAAAAUUGAUUAGACUCAUUCUGCAACUACUGAGGGACUAGGUGGUAGCAUUUAUUGAGAGUAUAUGUAAGGCUCAGUAAAAAUGAACGUAUAGCUUAGAGAAUAAUCUACUACUGGCAAUUCUGUGUGGUUGCUUCAAAAUCUGAAAAAAAAAAAACUAUCCCAUCGUUGUAAAUAUUUUAAUGAUUCUAGUU